AUGAAGCUGAACAUUUCGCACCCCGCGAACGGCUCGCAGAAGCUGAUUGAGGUUGAGGAUGAGCGGAAGCUGAGGCACUUCUACGACAAGCGCAUGGGCGCUGAGGUGGCCGGUGACCCGCUUGGCCCCGAGUGGAAGGGCUACAUCCUCCGCAUUACUGGCGGCAACGACAAGCAAGGUUUUCCGAUGAAGCAGGGUGUCAUUGCCCCCAACCGUGUGCGCCUCCUCCUCUCCGAGGGCCACUCCUGCUACCGCCCUCGCCGUGACGGUGAGCGGAAGCGCAAGUCCGUCCGUGGCUGCAUUGUCGGCCCCGAUCUCUCGGUUCUUGCCCUCUCGAUUGUCAAGCAGGGCGAGCAGGACAUCCCCGGCCUGACCGACGUUGUCCACCCCAAGCGCCUCGGCCCUAAGCGUGCAACCAAGAUUCGCCGCUUCUUCAGCCUCAGCAAGGAUGACGAUGUCCGCAAGUACGUCAUCCGCCGCGAGGUCCAGCCUAAGGGCGAAGGCAAGAAGCCUUACACCAAGGCUCCUCGUAUCCAGCGUCUGGUCACUCCCCAGCGCCUGCAGCACAAGCGCCACCGCAUUGCGCUCAAGCGUCGCCAGCAGGAGAAGGUCAAGGAGGAGGCGGCCGAGUACGCCCAGAUCCUGGCCAAGCGUGUUGCUGAGGCCAAGGCCCAGAAGGCCGAUCUCCGCAAGCGGAGGGCCAGCUCUCUCCACAAGUAA